AGGUGUGAGUGGAGGAGGUGAUCCAGCUUCCCCUCUGAGCUCUGAGACCGAAACCCGGGCAGAUGGCAUGGGUCUGGAACGGGGAAAGGAUGAAUCCAACAGAGGAAAGUCCUCCCAGGGGUCUUACCAUCCGAGAGAGCUGCUGAAGGAAAUGGAAGUGGCAGCUCCUGGGCUGAAUGCAGGGAAAAGCACAAAGGCUGCUGUUGGCAGAUCUGUGCGGCAGCGCCACGUGGCAGUGAUGGUGCUGCUCUCAGCUGUGCUGCUGUCUGCGCUGGUGCUGGCCUGCAUCGCUGUGUCGCAGACGUGGAACAAAUGCCUUGUGUGCAAGAGGAGAGAGAGAGCAGCAGAGCGAGCUCAUCCUGACACCGGCUGGGAGGGAGUUCCAGCUGGAGAUGAAGUGGAGAGUGGAGAGGCAACGAGAGAGAUCCUUGCCCAAGCAAACAAGAACCUCAGCAAUAGUUUCAGUCCGUUCCGUUCUGCCAUCCCAGAGGCCAGAGGUGUUCAGACUCGUCUGGAAGACCUGGAGCGUGAACUCCAAGCCAUGAAAAAGGUCCGUGGGAACAGUGGACGAGUUCGAAGAUUCUUAGCUCGCCACAGCUACCGUCCUUCUGAGGGUUCUAAUGAGGACCCAGAAAGCGAGCUUCCUCUGACCGCCGGACAGCACGUUUAUGUCUUUGGAGAUGUGGAUGAGGACGGCUGGUUUCUGGGAGAGCUGACGGAUGGCACGAGAGGGCUGGUCCCUUCCAGUUUGGUUACAGAGGUUUCAGAUGAUGAGCUGGACACAACGAUGCCUCCCGAGCUCUGUGAUUUCCUGCUGGAAACGGAUGAUUGUGUCGAUGCAAAGAGUCCAUAAUGCAGCAACAUCCUGUCACAAUUCUUGCCUCACUUCAUCACCAUGUUUCUGUUUCACCAUUGUCAUG